AUGUCAAAAAUAUUCACACCAACAAAUCAAAUUCGUCUUACUAAUGUUGCAAUUGUUAGAAUUAAGAAGCAUGGAAUGCGUUUUGAGAUUGCCUGCUAUAAAAACAAGGUGCAGUCAUGGAGAGCACAAACCGAGAAAGAUCUAGGCGAAGUGUUACAGACUGAGACAGUCUUCACGAAUGUCAGUAAAGGACAAGUAGCUAAGAAAGAGGAUUUAAUUAAGGCAUUUGGUAAAGAUGAUCACGUUGAGAUUUGUAAAGAAAUCCUAACAAAAGGAGAACUUCAAGUCAGUGAGAAGGAACGUCAUGCUAAUCUUGAAUCAACAUUUAAGGAAAUAGCAACAAUGGUAGCUGAUAAAUGUGUCAAUCCUGAGACUAAUCGUGCAUAUCCAGUAACAAUUAUUGAGAAAGCUAUGAAGGAUGCUCAUUACUCAAUAAAACCGAGCAAAAAUGUCAAAUCUCAAGCACUGGAUGUCAUUAAACUUCUCAAAGAGAACAUGCCAAUCGAGAAGGCACAAAUGCGGGUCAAAAUCAAUGUCACUAAUUGCAAAGAUAAGAAGCUUCGAUUUGAUGAACUUCCAAAACUUUUGAAGGUCAAGGAAAGUGAGAAUUGGUCAGGUGCUAAUGGUCAAAUUACGGCUUUAAUUGAUCCAGGAAAUUUCAAAGUCAUUGAGGCAUUGCAUUCAACUAGUCGUGGGGAAGUAACAAUUGAAGUCCUGGAUCUUAAGCACAUGAAUAUUGAUGAAGAAAUUAUGUAG